AUUCAUAUGGACCUCUGAUCCGUAGCCCGUUCUCAGUGCUGCGCUCUCGUACAUACUCGAAGUAACAAUGCCGAUCGCACAACUUCAGGAUGUCACUGGACGGACUUUCGAUUAUAUCGUCGUAGGCGGAGGUACCUCGGGAUUAUGUAUUGCUGCAAGACUUACGGAGGACCCGAACGUGCACGUGCUCGUCCUGGAAGCUGGAAAGGCCAAUAUAAACGAUCCUCUACUCCUCCGACCAGCUUCCUACGCUGCCCAGUUCGAUAACCCCGACUAUGAUUGGAGCUUCAAAACCGCUCCCCAGAAAUACGCCAAUGGGACCGAAUACCCGUGGGCUCGAGGCAAAGGUCUCGGUGGGAGCUCCGGCAUCAACUUCAUGUGUUGGACGAAGCCUCCUGCAGACGAGAUUGACGACUGGGCUCGUUUGGGCAACCCCGGCUGGAACUGGGAGAACUACCAGAAAUACUCUCAUCGGACGGAAAAGUGCGUCUACCCUUCAGAGGAGGUCAUCACCAAGCACGGUCUGAAAGUAGAGGGCUGGCGCAACGGGACGGAUGGCCCGCUAUUGACGGCGUUCCCCGCCAAGAUUAGUGCGGCUGAGUUGGAUGUCCAACAGACUUUGAUCAACCGCGGCAUACCCCUUGCACCAAAACCCCUUGAUGGAGAUUGUCGCGGUGUGUUCUUCGGGACAAACACCGUGGACCCGAAGACUUCUACUCGUAGCUACGCCACGACGGCAUUCUUCCUCCCGAACAAAGACAGGAAGAACUUCCUCGUCCUCGUUGAAGCCCGCGUGAACAGGCUCGUGACGGAGAAGGACAAGGACGGGCUAGUCACUGCUUCCGGCGUCGAGUUCUCUGUGAACGGACAGAACUACUACGUGCACCCCAAGAAGGAGGUGAUCGUAGCCGCCGGAGGUCUCAAGACCCCUCAGCUACUGGAGCUCUCCGGGAUGGGCAACCCCAAGCUGCUGAAACAGCUUGGGAUCCCGUUGGUCCUGGACCUACCGGGCGUGGGGGAGAAUGUGCAGGAGCACUGCUUUAUCGGGACGACAUGGGAGCUGCGCGACGACGUGUCCUUUGAGACGCUCGACGUCCUCCGGGACCCCAAGAUCGCAGCCGAGCACCUUGAGUUGCACAAAGCCGCGCAGGGCCUGUUCACGAUGGGCAUGGUCGGCUUCUGCUUCGUGCCGCUUCAGAUGCUGUCCAAGCGCGCUGAGGAGAUCCACAAGAAGGCGCGGGAGAAGAUCCUGAAGAACGAGGACAAGUAUCCGCUCGGGCUACUCGCGCAGUACCGGAUCCAGCUCGAGCGCCUCGAGAGGCAGUCACCCGGGUGCGAGAUGAUCCACUUCCCUGGGUUCUUAUCGAGGCCGAACCCUCCGAAGGAGGGGAAGAAAUAUAUCACGAUGCUGUCGUUGAUGAAUCACUUCUUCUCAAGAGGGACGAUUCACUCGAAGUCAAGGGAUCCCGCCGAGGACCCAGAAUUUGACCCCCACUACUUCGAGGAAGACAUCGAUCUCGAGACCUUCAUCGAAGCGGUCAAGUUCGCCAGGGAUCUGCCCAAGACGGAGCCGUUCAAGAGCUUGGUCGUCCAGGAAGUGAAUCCCGGACCCGAAGUGCAGACUGACAAGCAGAUUGGGGACUGGAUCAAGGCGAACAUGUCGACGACAUACCAUACCGCGGGCGCAUGCUCGAUGCUGCCGAAGGUCCACGGAGGCGUCGUGGACCCCAAGCUGAAGGUAUACGGCACCAGUAAUAUACGGGUGGCCGAUAUCUCCGUCAUACCCUUGCACUUCGCGUCGCAUACCCAGGCCACCGUCUACGCCAUUGGAGAGCAAGCCGCCGACAUCAUCAAGGGCCGUGCAUAAGGUCGUCUGCGACUUGCACACGCUGCGGAACAUGAAUACUCGUGGGUGGAUGGCUGCGAGGAUUUGGUUUUUAUGUCAGGAAUAGAACUCAUGAUAUAUCUUCAUCUUUGGAUUUCUCUGCUUAGAUUUCACGAUAUACCUUACGAAGCUCAAUGACAG